AUGGAGAAGAAAAUCACAGAGAAGAUUGCGGCGCUGCCGCCAGAUGCAAAUUACUUCUCCCUGGAGUUCUUCCCUCCAAAGACCCGGAUGGGUUUCGCGAACCUGUCUGCGCGUCUGGAGCGGAUGGCACAGGCCCUACGUCCGUUAUUCGUCACAGUCACUUGGGGUGCAGGCGGAAGCACGGCGGCCCGUUCCCUUGAGCUGGCCGAAGUUUGCCAGCGCCAACUGCAGUUGACCACUGUACUGCACUUGACAUGUACCAACAUGAGUCGCGCCUUGGUGGACAUGGCCCUGGAGGAGGCCAAGGUCCUUGGUAUUCGCAAUAUCCUCGCCCUCCGCGGAGACCCACCUCGCAGUGAAGAAUACAAUAUGCAUGGGGAGGACGAUAGCAACAAGGAUUUCACCUUUGCGGUUGAUCUUGUCAAAUACAUUCGCAAGCAGCAUGGUGAUUACUUCUGUCUUGGUGUUGCUGGAUACCCCGAGGGUCACCCGGCCGAUUCGUUCCAGGAUGUCCAGGAUCCUGCCCGUGAUAUUCCUUAUUUGGUUGAGAAGACCAAGGCUGGCGCGGACUUCAUCAUGACCCAGCUUACAUACGAUCUGGAGGCGUACCAGAAGUAUGAGGCCAUGCUUCGCAACCACGAGUCUGGCGUUUUCAAGACCAUCCCCAUCAUCCCGGGCUUGAUGCCUGUCCACAGUUACAAGAUUCUUACCCGUGAUCUGAAGCACGACGAUGAUGCCGUCAAGCGGGCCGGUGUUGACAUCGUGAGCAAUAUUGUCGGAGGCAUCCAGGAGCUUCCAUCUCCAGGCCCACGCGGUUUCCACUUCUACACCCUGAACUUGGAGAAGACGGUCUCUUUCAUCCUGGAGCGAUGUGAUUUGAUCCCACCAUUUUCCAAAAUCGACGAUGACUUGGCCAUUGAGGAGUUCGAUGGCCCUCCUCUCGACUCCCAGGUUCGCUCAUUAUCUAGACGUUGGGCGUCAUCCACCAACUCUCAGCCGUACAACCGAGUUAUCGUCGACAAGAUGUCUGCGCAUGAGUCUUCCAAGGACUCCGUGCAUGAGGCUCUGGCAACUGGCGCUGGUUUACCAGCCCUGCCUCCGGGUCGUGGAACGACUCUUCAAAUUUCCGAGGGCCUGGGUGCGCUUGGUAGAGAGGCUACCUGGGAUGAUUUCCCCAACGGUCGAUGGGGUGAUGCCCGCUCUCCUGCUUUCGGUGAGAUCGACGGCUACGGUCCUUCUCUCCACGUCACCUCUGCAGUUGCCCGUCGACUGUGGGGUCACCCAGUUGAUCGAAAGGAUAUCAACACACUCUUCCGUCGACACGUGUCCGGAGAACUGCACAUGGUACCCUGGUCAGAGGGUGGUGCCGAGGAGGAUGGCCCUGGUUUGAAUGCCGAGACUGAGCUUAUUCGGCCCGAGCUGCUCAAGCUCAUUGAUGGCCGAGGCUGGUGGACCCUGGCCUCGCAGCCUGCUGUGAACGGCGUCCGCAGCGACCACCAUAUCUUCGGCUGGGGCCCCCAGCGUGAGGGCUUUGUCUUCCAGAAGCCCUUCGUUGAGUUUUUCUGCUCUAAUAACGACUACAUGAAUAUCCUCAAGCCACUAUUUGAAAAGCACGGCCACGACAAGCUGUGUUGGUUCGCUACAAAUACCACCGGAGCCUUCGAGUCUUCACUCCCCAGCCAACCCGCUGACGUCGAGCUCGACGACCUCGGUUCAAACCCCGAAAGCGUGAACGCUGUUACCUGGGGUGUCUUCCGCGGCAAGGAAAUCGUGACACCCACCAUCAUUGAAGAAGUCAGUUUCCGCGCUUGGGGCGAGGAGGCUUUCCGUAUCUGGGACGAGUGGCGUCGGAUUUACCCCCGUGGUUCGCCUACGGAGCGCUUCCUUGAUACCACCAAGAAUGAGGCCUGGCUCGUCUGCGUGGUUGGCCAGCAGUUUGGCGCCGGUGUCCCGGCCGGUUCGAAGGAGGAAGAGGACGAGGUGAAAUGGAUGUGGCGAGUUCUGGCGGGCGAGACUCAGGAUUGA